AUGGUCUUCUUCAAGUGUUUCAAGAAAGGCACCGUUACUAUUCUUGAGGAUGAAAGUGAUAACCGGGACGAAGGUACCACAUUGCUGGUAGGUGCGCCUCUCCUAGCUUCGGAAGUAUCUGAGGUGGACAAUUCUCUUCAUAUUCCGUCUUGGUCUCAAGAGGUGUUUUGUCAACUCAGCAGCUUCAAAAAAUCCAAGUCUACAGAUAGGGACCUUCACUCCACUGUUUUACAGUUAAAGUCCUCCCAUCAUACAGAUACCGGUUCAUCGAAGGCGUUCGAGCUUCUUAGCGAUCGAAUCCAUAAUGGAGCAGUGAAUUGGAGUUCUGCUCUCCCGACAGCUUGUGAAUCUACAUUUACUGAGUAUUACUGGGAGUGGCUUGAAGAUGUGAUAAGUAGAAAUACUCAGGUUCUUAAGAGCAUCGGUCUAUAUAAUGCAGUAUUUGCCUCAUUAUUUAGUUAUGAUCGACAUGCUCCAGUCAUCCGAGCCUUUUGCGAGUACUGGUGUCCUGCAACAAAUACUCUUCAUAUGUCGCAAGGACAGAUGUCUAUUUCUCUUUGGAAUCUUCAUGAAAUUGGCGGUCUCCCUAUUACAGGUCGAUUUUAUGAUGAAGUUAUUCCAACCACUGAGAGUCUCAACAGGAAGGAUCAUAAAGGCGUGCCUUAUAUCCCACACAUUUUUCGCUACUUAUUCUUAGCGUAUCACAAGAUUUUACGUGAUUCUAAAGGAAAAUCUGGAGUGAGAAUGACUGCUUGGAUAAAGUAUUGGUAUCGAGGGCCAUUCAAGUAUAAAAAGCCUUCAAGGAAAACCAUACGGAACAAGUCACAAAAGCCGAAAGAGGACUCUGAUCCAUCUGGUAUCAUUCCGACAACACUACAACUGAGGACGAGGAAGGAGUUUUUGAAGAUUUGGUUGUGCAAAUUUGUAUUUCCCAAAGAUGACGUAACUUUGAUCAGACCAGGGGUUUUCAAAGUUGCCAGUCGAAUGGCGCAUGGUGUAUCAUUUGGCCUAGCAGUUCCGGUAUUGGCUAACAUUUACAAGGGGCUGAACGAUAUUUCUAGUGCAGAUGAUCCAGGAAUUUGCACAACUGUUCUACCUUUCCAUUAUGUGUAUGGAUGGUUGGGCGAAUACUUCGACACACAUUUUACAUCAUCUUCUGAGAAGUCCAUUCCUAUCAUGGCAAGGUUCUCAGGAAGACUUUCGGUGAAAUUUUUUGAAGAUUCGACAGCUCGAGCUUUGUUCCGGACUUGUGGUAAAGUGAAAAUGAGUCGUCUGGCAAGAGAAAACUACCGAGUCAUCCAACCUUAUAGCCCGCAUCGGUUUAGUAGACAAUUUUGUUGUGUACAACAUAUGCCAGGAGAACUUAAAGAUGGCGUCCGGAAUGGUACUGUGCUAUCAGUGUACUCACAUUGGAAAUCAUGCUUGAAGAGUGGCAGUGCAUCUACAAUAACACUACCCACUAAGGACAAUAUCCGGGAGUUUGAGGUCACAUCCGACUAUGUUAUUUGGUGGUCGAAGGUGCAUCGCUUUGAAUCUAUGAAAUCAAAGACAAUCUCAACUGUAGGCAAGUCGUUGUUGCUUUCUCAGCCAAAAUCUCUUAAGUCUCAAGGCCACGAAGUUUCAGUUCAUGAUAAACUCACCCGUGGUAGAGCGCUUCAAGUUCAUCCAGAAGUUGAAGGUAGUUCUACUACUCCUGUGCCUCGAGUUCAACACCCAUCUCCGGUGGAUGUUCCUUCAACUCGAGUUCCUAAUGACAAAGGACAAACAGAAAGUCGAGGGCAUAUAAGCAGCAAUGAAGAUAGUGAAGUCAACUUUAGGCAUAAGAAGACAAGCGUCGGACCUCUUUAUUGUGAUUUGGACACGGCAUACCCACUUGAUGACGCAUUCUUUUGUGAUGUGCCCGCUGUUUCACAACCGGUUCUAAUGAACGAGGGAGAAGUAGUGCAUUAUGUCCCUACUGUGUCCGAGCUUGUACCAUUUAAUCAUUUUCCUAUCGAAGAGGAAAAUGAUGCUUUGCGCCCGAUAAGUGGUUCAGGUGUUAGCCUAAGAGGUUCGCUUGUGCAUCAACAUUUGUUAAAGCCGGCUACUCAUGCAUCACCCUCUGAAAUGUCAUGUGGGGAACCGAAAUUAGGUGUUGCAGACAAAACCCUUCGCAAAGUAGUUUCCAUUCUGGGCAACCAAAUAAAAAGCAUAAUCUUGAAGGCUUCAUUAGAAAGGCUUCCUUCAUUCAAAGAUGAGAUUGGAAAGUUGUUGACUACCCUUGACAAUGUAGGGGCGGACGUCUCAUCCCUACGAGUUAUGAUUGAUGCACUUAUGGUGACCGCAGUUGACUAUUGUUCUGCACACUCUACUUACUCCCAAAAGCUGUCUCCCGAGGUUCAAAGUGAUCGUUUAGCUGCUGUCGACUCUUCACUUUCUGUUGCCUUGGCUCUGCAAUAA